GAGUAAGAGAAAUGGUUACAAAGACUUGCCUCGUUUUCUUCUUUUCUUCUCUAAUCAUCACAAACAUCGCCUUAGCGCAAAACCGAGCUCCUCACGGGUUGUCUUAUGAGACACCAGUGGCGUUUUCACCUUCUGCAUUUGACUUCUUUCACGCACAACCCGAAAACCCGGAUGCCACUUUAGACCCUUGCGCUGAAUCCGGCUGCUCGCCUCUCCCCGUGGCUACAAAGGUUCAAGGCGCUUCUUCAAAAGCACAGCAAAGCGAGAUAGCAACAAUGUCAAUUGGUUCUAGAAGCGGAAUGGGUGCUUGUGGUGCGGUCAUGAUCAUCUUUGGACUUGUGUUUGUCAUGCUGAUGUGAACCAUUACAACUCCAUCCAAGCUAGUGUUUUGAGCUGAUAUUAUGUAUGAUAGAGCAAUAUAACUAGAGUUUGAGUUGAAAUGUGUACUUCUUUUUACCACUGUUCUUGAAGCUUGUAUCUAAAUUUCAGUAUGCAGUAACUAAAAGCAGAGUAUUUGACUGUUUAUCGUCAGACCCGGUUUAGAGUAAUAAGCAAGCAACCAUGGCCACAUGUGAUUAAAAU